AUGAAUUUUGAACUUCCAUCCGAUCUCAAGGAGUAUAUCUCCAAACUUGAUACCUUCAUUAAUACCACAAUUCUGCCACUCCAACACAAGGAUGACAAUAAUAGAUUCUUUGAUCACCGCCGAGAGCCGUCACGAACACAAUGGGACAAUGGUGGCCUCCCGACACACGAUUGGGAGGUCCUUUUGACACAAGCGCGCAAGCUUGCUGACGAGGCAGGUUUCUACCGCUUCCCUAUUCCCAAAAAGUAUGGAGGCCUAGAGCACCCAUCGGCAAACCUUUGGAUGUGCGCUCUGCGAUACCACAUGGCAUCACAUCCCGUGUACGGAGGCGGCGUGAGUCUCGCCAAUGACUUGCAAAACGAGCACAGUGUCAUUGGCAAUUUCCCGGAUUUUCUGAUGCUCUACCACUGGGGUAAUGAGAAACAGAAGGAUGAGCUGAUCCCAGCCCGCCUGGCGGGAGAAUUCCGAAUGACAUUUGGCUUGACGGAAAUUCAUCACGGAAGUGAUGCGACACACAUGGACACGCGAGCAAAAGCUACAAAGCUGGCCAAUGGUGCUACCGGCUACAGUAUUACGGGAAACAAGAAGUGGCAGACUGGCGCACAUUCUGCCACUCACUUUCUCGUCUUUGCCCGGACUUCUGGCGAGAAUGGUUCCCCCAAAGGAAUUACCGCCUUCAUCGUGCCCAGGGAGACACCGGGAGUCAUCAUCAAGUCGUACGAGUAUACCUUGAACAUGCCGACAGACCACGCCACAAUCCUCUUCGACGACGUCCAGGUGCCUGCCUCGGCCGUGCUCGGCCCCCUCGACAACGGGCUCGCCAUUGCCCAGACAUUCACUCACGAGAACCGCAUCCGCCAGGCCGCCAGCUCGUGCGGCGCGGCGCAGUUCUGCAUCGACCGAUCGGUAGCGUACGCGCGUGAGCGCAUCGUCUUUGGCAAGCCGCUGUCGGCGAACCAAGCCAUCCAGUGGCCCCUAGUCGAGCUCUCGACCCAGGCCGAGAUGCUGCGGCUGCUUAUCCUGCGCACGGCCAACGAAAUGGACGACAUUCAGCGGCGGUACAAGGGCAACGCCGCCAUGCCGCCGUGGAUCGCCAUUGAGAAGCAGCUAGGCCACAAGAUUAGCAUGUGUAACUACUAUGCCAACCGCCUGGCUACCCAAGCCGCCGACAAUGCCAUUCAGGUCCACGGCGGUAACGGCUACAGCAGACAUCAGCCGUUUGAACAUAUUUGGCGGCAUUUCCGUCGCUACCGUAUCACCGAGGGCAGCGAAGAGGUGCAGAUGCGCAAGGUCGCUGGAUACCUUUUCGGAUACAAAAGUACUGGUCUCAAUGACAAGAAGGACAAUAGCAAGUUGUAA